CGCAUUUUUCCAGAGUUGGAGUUGAUUGGCUAACGGUUCUCGUUAUCUCGCUCUGAUUGGUCGGACUAGCGGGCAACGUCCUCGCGCAGCAUUUCAAUUUAACGUCUCUGUCUGUUAAUCUGUUAAUAGCUUUAACAGUGCACAACUGAUAUAUCGCCUCUAGAAUAAUCCCCUAGACGCUUUCAUGUCUUAUUACGUGGAAACAAUGUCGAGUUUAGACGUAAUCUGUGAGAAGAUUCACGACGCUCAUGGGCCGCGGUGGGAACGGAGCGGCGUUUGCGUCGCGUGCGUCGCGGAGAUGAUGGACAGGCCGGAUGUGUCGGCGGUGCGCAAGCGCGCGGCGCUCGUGUCCGUGAUGCGCGUGGACGCGGCUCGGGAGCUGCUAUACUGCGAAGAACAGCGAAGAACACACUUCAUCUCAUCAUUACUGAAAACGCUGUUCAGUGCUGUGGAUUCGUCUCUGCUGGAUCAGACUGUUCAAGUUCUGGUGCAGGUGACACUGGACGUCCCCAAUCAAGCGCUUCUGCUCUUCAUCCUGGACCAGACCCACUCACGAUGGUCUGACGGGGAGAGAGCGUCUCUGUCCUCCGUGAUGUUUCUGGGUAAACUGCUGGACGCUCAUCCUCCUCUGAGUCAGACGCUGACGUCCAGCCGCUUGUGUGUGCUGGAGUGUGUGUGCUCCGCUCUGCUGGUCUCAGACGAGGACGUGAAGGCCGAUGUGUGUUACGUGAUGUUCAGGAUCUGGAGUUCCUCCGCUGCGGUUCAGACUCUUCCAGACACACUCCGACAGCGCAUGUGUGUGUUACUGCUGCACACGCUCUCACACACACACACCACGGCGCUCACCGUCAACUGCCUGGGGGUGGUGAAGCAGAUGUGUCAGUACUCUGAUGUCGUGUGUGUGUUGAUGAAUCUGAAGGACGGAGGGGAAGAUCCUCUGCUGUAUCAGCCACUGCCGCUCAUCCUGAAGAAGCUGCUGUUGAGCGCUCAGGACUCUCUGCAGGUGGUCUCUGUGCGCUGUGUGUGUGCCGUCCUGAUUCACGCUCCUCUUCACUUCUCUUCGUCCUUCAUUCAGGCUGAUUUACCCGAGUUCCUGCUGGAGGUGAUGAGCGGCGGCUGCAGUGACGUCUUGUUGUGGUCGGUGUUCAGUUGUUUGCUGCUGCUGUCUGAAGAUCCGCUCUUCUUCUCGCAGUGCCACGCCGUCUACGGCGUGGAGCCGUUGGUUCGCUCUCUGAAAGAGACUCUGGAAAAUCCAACACUGAGGAACUCGUCUCUGAAUCAGAUCUGCUGUGAUUUCCUGCUGAAGCUCAGCAUGAGUCUGAUCUCACAGGAACACACCUGCACCAGUGAGCUGCAAGAUGUGGAGCGUGUCCUGCAGGAGUCUCUGCCGUCUCUGAGCUGCUGCGCGUCUGAUUGGCUGUCUGUGCUUUCUGAUUUCCCACAAUCCCUCAGAAACACUCAGCACUGCCUGAUCUACCUACUGCACCAGUCUGUGCUGCACGGGGACAGGUUUCUGAGCGACUCGGCCGUGUUCUCCGCUCUGCUGCGGUUCGUCUCGUGUGUUCAGGAUCUCCCUGCGUCUGUGCUGAGUUCAGUGCUCUAUCUGCUGUCCGUCACUCAACACGCCGGGCCUCGUCUGGACACGGUGUGUGUGAGCGUCCUCUCUCGUGCUCUGUCCUCCUGUCCGCUGCUCUUCUCUCGCUCUCUUCCUCUCUCCGUCCUGAGCUUCAUCUUCCUGUAUCCCGAGCUCUCGGAGCGCUUCGGAGCGCCGGCUCUGACGGGACGUCUGUCAGAGGAGACUCAGGAGCAGGAGCUGCUGGAGCUGAUCAACACACACCCUGCAGCGCUGCUGGCCACACUGGCCGUGGCGUGUGACGGCGAGUCUGCAGCGUCUCGUUCAGCCGUCGCUGUGCUGCAGUGUUUCCUGCGAUCGUCCGACAGCCUCAGCUUCAGCGGGACGUCUGAUCUCUGUGAUCAGAUCCGAUCGGUGCUGCUCGGCGUCCUGCAGAGACACACACACACAGGUCUUUAG